UGUGAAUGUAAAAAGGUUACUCUUACGACGACAUCACGAUGCUUACAAUUGAGAAGAGUAAGAGCCAUAAAGGCAAAUGUACGCCCAAUGUCUUGCCUUGUCGAAUCAAUCAUAAUGGUCCCGUCGACGCUUCGAGGAGGUAUUGGAAUCCAACCAAGACGCCAGAUGGCAAAACUGUUGCGUAUUUCCGAGGCAGGAAACUUCAUGGGAAGCAAAUGAUGGUUCCGAAGGGAUAUCGAGGAGCUGUAGUUUCAACUACGGAUCGAGUUUUGCCCAAAUCGAAGCCUGCGGUUGACGAUGAUGAAGUGGAAGAGGUAGAAGAGGAGGUGGACGUGAAGAUUAUGGAGGAGCAGUCAGAUUUCGAUCACAUAAUGCUUUGGGGACAUGAGGCGCUACCGGAUGAUGUUACGGAUCCAUAUGUGAGGGGCAUUGAGGAGUGGAUUGCUCUCUCUGAGCAGAUCCAUUCCAUAUCGGACGAAAACCCCGAGUCGAAGGAUUGAAGGGGAUAGGAUUAUGGCUUUUCUAGAUGGCGUGGCAUGGCGUUCAUUAUACUAGGAUAAUGAAGCUCUUUCAGUCAGGUUCGACCUUGAGUCUCUUCCUUGGAGCGCCACCCCCGUCUCGUUUGCGUCUUCAACCUUGAUCCGACUAUUAUUUCGUUUCUUCGGCAUCCUCUCCACUUCCUGAUCUUCUGGCUUGACUCGCCCCUCCGUCUUCAACCAUUCUUUCUGCACUCUCAGAAACUCUUUCUUCAUCUCCUGAUACCCUUGAUGGUGUCUGCAUCUUUCCCACACUUCCUUGAAAAUCCCACUCGCCUUUUCCUUCUCUUUUUCCCCAUCAUGACCCUUACUCUUCUCUAUCAUAUUCCCC